GUUGAUUCACCGUCCGCCGGCUGCCGGCCUCUGUUUGCGCCGCCGAGUCGGCGUGGAUGCGGCGAACCCGGCGCGCGGAGCCGACCACGCGGCCGUCAGUGCUGGCUGGGACGCGGUGCUGCGAGCUGGGAGCUGCGGGGUGCUGAACGGGCCGCGUUGCUGAGAGGUGGGAGCUGCUGAGAGAAGCUGAGGGGUGCUGAACGGCCCGCGCUGCUGGGAGCUGAGAGCUGCUGAGCGUGACGCCGAGUGAGUGGACCGUUGAGCCCUGAGGGAGGCUGUGCACUGUGCAGGGAUCGCAGUGUUUGUGUGAAAACUGAGGAGGUGGACUGCGGAUUAGCAGAAGUGGACCGUGAGGACUAGCCGAGGUGGACCGUGUGGACGGACGGAGGUCCACCGGUAUUGCACCGAACCCGGAUCGGAAGUGGUCCGUUCGAUUGCAGUCGAGUGGUCAGUCCGGUCGACCGCGUCUUCUGAUAACAAACGGAGCAGCGACACCUGUCCCACCGAACAGGUGACUCGGUGUGCACGUGCAGGGAGAGGUGUAGUGAGAGUUGAUUGUCGCAGCAAGAUCUACAGCCAAACGCCAACUAACACAGACAGCAACAAAACGGGCCUCCUCUCGGCGUGUUGCACCGCUGCUUCAUUCGCGAUGUCGUGACGGGGCCGACGCGAUGCCCCGCGGCCGGAGUAGUUUGCUGCUGCUGCCGCUAGCGGCGCUGAUGUCGGCGGCGGCCGCCUUCUGCCCUCCGCGGUGUCGGUGUGACGACAUCACGCUCACGGCCGACUGCACGGGCGCCCAGCUGGACAGCUUCCCGAUCACGCUCAACCCGCGCCUGCGCCGCCUCAUCCUGGUCGACAACGCCAUCCGGCGACUCGACACCAGCAUGGUCUCAUCGUACACGCACCUCGAGUUCCUCGACAUGCGCCGCAAUGGCAUGCUCAGCGUACAGGCCAACAGCUUUGAGCGCCAGCAGCGGCUGCUCGAGCUGCGCCUGGGUCAGAACCAGCUGGGACAGCUCGAGGAGGGCGUGUUCAACGGGCUGCGCCGUCUGCGCGUGCUCGACCUCAGCGCCAACCAGCUGCGGGAGGUGCCCGACGACGCGCUGCGGCCGCUACAGAUGCUGACGGACCUGGACCUCUCAGAGAACCGGCUGGCGGCGCUGUCCCGGGACGCGCUGUCGGGCGCCGUCAGCCUGCGCCGGCUGAGUCUGGCCAGUAACCUGCUGACGGCUGUGCCGACGGAGGCGCUGCAGCAGCUCUCUCAGCUGGACGACCUCAGUCUGGCCGGGAACAGCAUUGAGCGCCUGUCGGCCGGGGAGCUGGGCCGCGCCGCGCCGGCGCUCACACAGCUCAGUUUGGCCGGGAACCGGAUCGCGCCGCUGCCGGAUGGCGUGUUCGACGGUCUGGCCGGCCUGCGGCAGCUGAACGUGGCCGACAUCGGGCUCGACUCGGCCGACGAGGAGACGUUCACCGGCCUGGACCGGCUGGAGGAGCUGCACCUCAGCGGGAACCCGCUCUCCCGGUUGGGCCCGGCGCCGCUGGAGCGGCUCCACCGGCUGACAUUGCUCUCAGUGCGCGCCUGCCCCGGCCUCAACACCAUCGAGCCGGACACGUUCAAACACAACCCGGCGCUGGCCACCCUGCGGCUCGAGGAGAACCCCAACCUGACCGAGCUGCCCGACAAGCUGCUGCUCUUCCUGCCGCUGCUGCGCUCGCUUAGCCUGCACGCCAACUCGCUGAGCUCUCUGACGGAGAGCACGGCCGACUGGCGGAACCUGGCGGCGGACCUGGGCGGUAACCCGUGGCGCUGCGACUGCGCGCUCCGCUGGCUGGCCGAGCUGCCGCCGGAGGUGAACAUCAGUGGCGCCAUCUGCGCGGCGCCGGACCGGCUGCGGGGCACCUCGGUGCGCGGCCUGUCCGCGGAGGACCUGGACUGCGGCGCGGCCGACUCCAGCUCAAUGGGCCUGGUGAUUGGUCUCAGUGUGGGCGCCGCCGUGUUGCUGCUAGCACUGGCCGUCGGCGCGUGCUACCGCUACCGGCGCCGGCUGCACAAAAUGUUCAAAGUGCUGCCGUGGCGCGAGCGGGUCGGUCUGAAGCGGAAACAGGAGCCGUACCACCGCGGUCAGACUUAUUACUGCCACGAUAUGUACGACCCGAUCCACCCGCGCGACAAGCCCAUCCCAGUGACCGAACUGUGAUGACCGGCCGCCGCCAGUGGCCGGUGCUAGCUACCAAAGACGGCGCUCUGUGGCGCCCGGCCGCGGCGCCGGAGACAGUGGACGCACACACACAGUGACGCUCGCUCUCCUAGUCUGGGGUGGGACGGGCCGCGCGCGGCCGGCCGCGAAGCAUAUCAUUCUCUGUGCGCUGACGGUGGCGUGGCGCGCAGCUCUGCUGCCGUGAGCUCGUGGCGCCGUGAGCCUGUGAGUGAGUGAGUUGGUGAGCCGGUGCAGCUGCCAGUUAGGGGCGGGCUACGCUCCGCGCGGGGCGGCAGCGAUCCUAGUCUUCCCGGGUUGGGCGGCGGCCCGCGGGCCCGAGCCGGGAGUGGGGGCCUCCCGAACAUGGCAGACGCUGUGAUGUGCACUCAUUUUAUGUAUGCUGUCUGUUGUGCAUUCGGAUCGUGUUUUUGUUCCAUUAGAUUUGUAUAGCCGGUAAAGUUAUCGAGAUUCAAGGACAAGGUUCCCAGAAGUUUUUCGUAGCAUAGUUUUACUUUGUCGCUGCCCGCCAGACUGUAAAUUAAAACUUAGACUGUCGGGGCGGCAAAAACUGGCCAGCAUAGGCACAGACGAGCCUUUUUUAUCGAUGCGUGCCGCACUUAUCGGUGCCUCUGUGAGCGUCGUCGAUAUCUGAUCGGCGCUGACCCCGCGUCCUCUGCCCCGCCCCCUCCGCUCCUCUUCUCCCCACUUUGAGCUCUCCCUCGGCCGCCGCUGAGACCCUCUCUAGUCCCCGCUCGGACCGGCUCGGUCGGAGCGGCCCCCGGUUCGGUGCAGCUCCUCGGCAGCUGGUCCCUGGUCUCCUCUCGACUGAGGACCGCCUGUUACCGGGCCGCCGCUGCCCCAAAGUUGGCAGUUAAUGUCAGCGGUACGGACGGCCCACUCCAGGCGGGAGUUCGGUGGAGGGCUCUCAAAUCUGUCGAGUACGUCAGACCUGUCCGCUCGCCCGACAAGCUGAUACCUUUGUGUGUUGUUUACCCCUGUGGCGAGGACGCAGCUUUGCGCCCAAGGUUGUCGGCGGUCGUUUUGUGCUGUUACCUCUCAGAUGCUCACUGCCCGCCGCGUGCGUGCGUGUGUUAUGCUCAGUUCCUGUGUGGCUUGGAAGGUCGACCGGCUGCGACCGGCCCGUUUGUUUUUGUUAUUCAUGCAUUCCAGUUUGGUGAUAGGCGGCGCGCAUCCGGUGUCUGACCGGUCACCGCCUAUUGGGCCGCCCCCGCCUCCCCCCCCCUGCCUAGUCCAGCUCCCCCGUCAUCGGUCGGCCAGGCUACAGUCACUCCAUCUAUGCAAUGUAUUCAUAGCGUCUUACUGUGCAGCCGCGGCUCGUGAAGCUCACUGAGUUUGUGAGCUGAGCUGAGCCGGACUGAGCACUGUUGCCGUCUCUGUCCACUGAGGGAGGGAGGGACGGGCUGUGACCGACACAAGCCCCGUCAGACAUUGAUUGCUCUCUUAUUCGUACGUCAGUGCCGAGUCGCUCGCUUCAUCCGUUUUCGUAUGUGCCAAGCCUGUAAAUGCUGUACUCGAAUAUUACAGUCGAUCACACGAUGCCA